GCAUCACAUGCAUGCAUAGCGUUGUAAUGAAAUAGCAUUUUGUUUCUACUCCAGUGCGUUGUAAUAUAGUCGAUUGGGACUAGACCUUUACCCCGGAGAUAUUAUCAGGAACGAGGAGUGGUAUACUUCUCUACCCUUUCAUCCACCAAACCAUCGCCGUUGCCCUGGAAAGGCCCCAUUCGAGCAUCCCACAUCCCACCUUAGCUUGAAGAUACAGCGUGUCGCAGCAGCACGCACGAAUACUGUUGUAGGUGGAGGCUGUUAUGCUCAUGGAGAGGUAGCAUCAAUUCGCAGAUAUGGAUGCAUAUCCACUUGACUACGCAGACCAUAACCUCCCCUUCCUCCUCCUAUCUGGCCUAGGUGCGACAGAGGAAGAGCUUCGACCGCCUCCUCCCGUACAUGAUGCGUUGCCUGGCCGAGCGACCACAUCUAUUACUUCCGAGAUAUCUUCCGUGACAGAUGAACGAGCAAAACAAUUAUUGCAGGAGUUCCUGAAAGCAGACAGCAGCAAUGCGCCAUGGAACAACAGGCGCGGUCAGCGGGCGGACGGCUUGUUGGGGUAUAAAAUACGGACAGUCGGGAGGGAUUUCAAGUUGCCUCCCAAGAAGGCUGACUCGCCUUCAUCGUCUGGCUCAUCUCCCCCACUGAGCCCUUCAAUCCCCAAUGCCAACUCAUGGAUCCUACAUUCUCCAAUUUCGCCAUUAUCUCCCGCUUCGACCAUAUAUCCCGAUGGCGUUAUGACUCCUGCUUGGAUUGUAAAGCAUCAACACUAUGUACCGGCAGUCUUCCUCUCCUUCUUCCCAUUUACCUCAGACCCGAAUCGCUCGAGUAUCAAUGAUAACCAAUUGAAAACGGAGAUCAAUAAGAUCAAAGCUCAAAUACACAAAUCGGAACACCGAACCAGACUUGCUGUCGUGCUCUUGAGCGAUAAAACAGUUCUCGAGGCCCCUGAUAUCGAUGAGAGACUUGCCACUAUCCGACGUGCUACAGGGCUAGAUCCUAAGAAUUCGUUCUUCUUUUUGCCUCCUAACACGUCCCAAGUAGAAGUUCGGACUUUCGUCAACUCAAUAUUGUCGGCACUGCAGCCCAUUUGUAUUGAAUAUUACAGAGACCUCACAAAGCAUGCAAGAAGAAAGAAGGGCCGUGGCACAGUACCUCCACCGACAGCACCUCCUACGAGAGGAACCUCUCAGACUUUGUCUCACCCUGGAUGGAAUGUCCGCUACGAAUUCAAGCUUGGUGUUUUUGCCGAGUUCAGACAGGAAAUGGAUGCAGCUCAGCGACAUUACAAUAUUGCCCUCGACCUCUUAUUUGGCUCGGAAGGAAUAUUUGAAACCACCGCAAGCUGGUCGCCCCGGUGGGACGAGAUUCGUUUGUUAGCCGAUAACAUUGCUCUUCGACACAUACGGUGUCAGCUGUGGAACGGUUAUCCGACAUCUGCUGCUCAGACUUGGGUAAGGUACAAGAACAAAAUGCAGGAUCUGCUCGACCGGCGAGGAAAGGGGACCUCUAACUAUGGCUGGGAGGCAUGGGAAUCACGAUGGGCUGAAAUCAUGGCUCAAUUAAUCCGCCGGGCCGAACUACCAAUCUUCAAACCGCUGCAAAUCGGGUCUGAUGCAGGCAAUCCGGUGGACGCUAUGGACAUACCUUACUCGCCGCCCGAGAAACAAAUCCCAGUGGGCGAAAAGCUGCCUCCAUGGGAGUUGCUACACCACCCAGGAUACUGGUACAGGCUCUCAGCGGAACAUGCAAAGAGGCGGUCUUUCUUCGCUCGGGCCAUUCCCGAAGAGGACAGAACACCUCCAGGCAUGUCUCCGGCAGCGAAGGUGUCCAAUCGGAAUCAGAUGUAUGACCAUUACCUUGUCCCGGAGCCACAUCUUGAGGUUCCUCUUCCUGGAAACCCCGGCGGGUUUGAGCAUUGGAAAGAUAUAAUUUUGAAAUUGCACCAAGCCAUUGUGGAAUUCGAGGAUAGAGGGCAAUUACGAAUGGUUGAACAGAUGCAAUUGGAAGUAUCUAGGGGCGCUCUUCAUGUCAAGAAGUACGAAGAAGCCUUCAAAGUUCUUCGCCCGCUCUGGGAAAACAUGUCCUGGAGAGGAGAGGGAUGGUGGGGCUUGGCCUCCGAAGUACUAUGGGGCCUUCAUGAGUGUGCAUUGCGCGUUGGUGAUCCCGAAACAUAUAUCGCAACUGAGUGGGAGCUUAAUUCCGCUGUUUUUGCGGCCAAGCCAAAGUACAAGCAUGACUUGAUGUCGUGUCUGUCAGUAUUUCCACAAGAUGAUGCUGCAGAAGGUAAACAUAGUGUUAGCUUGAGCACGAAGGAGUUUGUAUCUUGCUUGUCAACUUCGUUCACAUUUUCAGAAGGAGAAGGCAACGUCGGCGAGCCUUUGCCCACCCAAAUUUCUAUUACCUCCAACGCUAGGCCAGGCUCCGCUCCCAUCACGUUGUCCACUUUAACGUUCCAGUUCAAAGGAUGCCUCAGCGAAGUUCAACUGUCCCACGAAGCAAAUGACGUAGAAGAAAAGGCUUCGAGAAUAUACAAUUGCGCCUUUGAAGAAGCGACUAAUCACCCACAUAAACCUCGAUGGUCAGGCUUAUCGGACUUGACUAUUCAUGCAGGACAGACCAAAGUUUUCAAUUUUCCAAUCAUCUUCCGCGAAGCCGGUGACGUUGAUGCAGUCACGAGCAGUUUCGAAAUCGCAACGACUCGGUUUGACCUCGUCUGCUCGGACACGGCAUUGACUCAUGAACGACCGACCUGGUGGCUGGAAUCAGGAUCACAGAUCAAAGCACGCAUGCUGAACAGAGACUCCGGUAUAGCUAUCAAAGUAUUGCCUAAACCACCUAAGAUGGAGAUCCGCUUUCCAGAUAUUCGCGAGCAGUACUAUACGGACGAACCUGUCAGCUUAGAUAUCGAAAUUACUAACAAGGAAGAGGAAGAAACUGAGGCUGUUCUGGAGGUCAGAUUGCUCGGUCGAUCCAAGGAUACACUAGGAUAUUCUUGGGUUGGCCACGAUGCCUCCUCACCAAUGAAGGAAGCACCUCCACCACUUGAUGGCUCUGACAAUGUUGACCUUCCUGGCCACUUGGUCGGCCGCCUAGCCCAGAAUGCGAAAACCACCGAGAGGAUUGUCUUCACUGCUCCAUCUGACCCUUCAGAUUACGCGUUAGAAGUCAAGGUCAUCUACCAUGUGCUGAGCGAUCGCGAUAUCCCAAUUUCGAAGACUAUGAUUUCUGAUCUCAUCUUCAAUGCACCAUUCGAAGCCAAUUAUGAGUUCCUUCCCCGUGUCCAUCCUGACCCAUGGCCUAGCUACUUCAAAUACCAAGAAGCCCAAGAAACAAGCAGCGACGCAGACAGCAACGCCUUCGGCCUCGCCCAAAAAUGGAACCUGAAAGCCAAAGUAGCCUCCUUCGCCGAAGAAACCCUCAUCAUCAAAGACAUGGCCCUCGAGACCCGCGCCGUCCACGGCGGCACAACCAGCACGACGACCAAAGAGUUCGCCGCCACCGACUCCCCCAUCAACCCGGAAGAAAUCACCGAACGCAGCUUCUCAAUCGACUGCCGCAAACUCGACCUCGAAGAACGUCGCCCAACAUCCCUAGACCUGAUCCUAAACAUCACCUGGCAACGUCCCAGCCCCACCACCGACACCAGCACGCAAGAUCCCCCACCCAUCGUGACCAGCACGCUCGCGAUCCCCCGCCUCCCCAUCCAAUCCAGCGAACCCCGCGUCCUCGCCACCGCCAUCCCCUCCCCGGAUGUCCACUCCGUCCUACACAUCUACUACACGCUCGAGAACCCCACCAUGCACUUCCUAACCUUCGAGUUGUCCAUGGAAGCCUCCGAGGAGUUUGGUUUCAGCGGGCCCAAACUCAAGAUCCUGCACCUGCUGCCCAUGAGCAGACAAACGGUCGAGUAUAACCUCCUGCCGCUGGUGAAGGGUGCGUGGAUAGAGCCGCAGCUCAGGGUCGUGGAUAGGUAUUUUAAUAAGACGCUCAAGGUGCUGCCGACGGAGGGGUUCAUGCUUGGUGCGGAUAAGAAGAGCGUUGGGCUGUGGGUUGCGGAGGAUUGAUUGAUUCAUUGACGAUGAAGAGAGCAUUGGCAGGAAAGAAAAGACAAUGAGACGAACUAUGCUGGAAUUGUCAUGUUAGGUCUAGAAAUGGUAGUAAUGAACGUAGUCCAAUAUCAUUUUUUGAGCGAG